AUGAAACACUCUUCCUUGCCAUUUCAAUGGCUCCUAUUCGUUUUUCUGAUACACAUAACGUGUCUCUCUGAAACUCAAUCCAUCACAAUUCCUGGGUUGAGCGCAAUUGAAGGAACAACCUUAAAAGACCAAGAAACAUUAAUAGCUGCAUCAGAUACUGGGGACUUCAAAACAUUCUAUUACAACCAGACUCUGGAUCACUUCAACUACGGGCAUGAAAGCUACACAGAUUUUCAACAAAGAUAUCUCAUCAAUUUCAAGUAUUGGGGUGGUGCCAAUUCCAGUGCUCCUAUAUUUGCUUACUUUGGUGCUGAAGCUCCUUUAGAUCUUAUCCUCAGCGUAGUAGGAUUUCCAACUGAUAAUGCCGCUGCCUUUAGCGCUCUAGUGGUAUUCAUCGAACAUCGAUACUAUGGGGAAUCAGUCCCAUUUGGAUCAAGGGAAGAAGCGAUGAACACAAGCACUAUUGGGUAUUUCAACUCAGCUCAAGCCCUUGCUGAUUACGCAGAAAUUCUCAUACAUAUUAAGGAAACUUUACAGGCCCAGCAGUCCCCCAUGAUCGUAUUUGGAGGAUCAUAUGGUGGAAUGCUUGCUUCAUGGUUUAGACUGAAAUAUCCCCACGUGGCUCUUGGGGCGCUAGCAUCCUUUGCUCCAAUCCUCUAUUUUGAUAAUAUCACCCCACAAAACGGUUACAUCUCUAUUGUCUCGAAGGAUUUUCGAGAAGCUAGUGAAACAUGCCAUGAAACUAUUCUAAACUCCUGGCCUGAAAUAGACAGAGUAGCUUCCGAGCCAAAUGGUCUUUCCAUCCUUAGCCAGAGAUUCAACACUUGCCGGCCCUUAAAUUCGUCUUCUGAGUUGAGGCGGCACUUGGAGGACAUGUAUGCUCGUGCAGCUCAAUAUAAUCAUCCACCAUUAUAUCCAGUUAGUGGAAUCUGUGGUGCCAUUGAUGGAGCAUCAUCAGGAAGUGAUAUACUCAGUAAGAUAUACGAAGGCGUUGUUGCUUAUUAUAAAUAUAAAGGUAAUGACUCAUGCAAAUUUAAUGGCCCUGCUAAUGCAAUUGAGAAGGAGACAGCUGAAGGCUGGGGAUGGCAGCGUUGUAGUGAGAUGGUGAUGCAAAUUGAGCGUGGAAAUGGUACGAUGUUCCCUCCCGAACCUUUCGACCUAAGGAGCUUUAUGGAGCAAUGCGAGCGUGACUAUGGUGUCUUACCUCGUCCCCAUUGGGUCACUACUUACUAUGGAGGUCAUGAUAUAAAACUGAUCCUUCAAAGGUUUGCUAGCAACAUUAUUUUCUCAAAUGGGUUGAGAGAUCCUUUCAGUGCUGGCGGGGUCCUCCACAACAUAUCAGAUAGUGUGAUCGCCAUCUCCACAGUCAAUGGGUCGCAUUGCUUGGAUAUGCUGCGUGCAAACCAAAGCGAUCCCGACUGGCUGAUCCAACAACGAAGACAAGAGGUUGACAUUAUCAAAAGUUGGAUAGCUCAGUAUUAUGCUGAUCUUCGCCUCCUGAACCGCACCCAAAGCUGA